AGAUAAACUCGCAGCAGUAUCUGGUCGUGAGGAUCCCAGGGGGACACGUGUUGGGAAUUUCGUGUGUUGAAGGGUACCACCGGCGUAGUCACGGGGACCCUUUGGGCGUGGUCGGUGCGAUGAUGAGGAAGGCUUGCGUGCGUGCUGCGCACUUCUUCUUCCCUCUCUCUCCACCACCACCACCGUCUCUCUCCAAUCAAGUUUCCUUCUCCCACUCUCUCUCCAUCUCUCUCUCAACCUCUCUCUCUCGGCCUAACACGGCCGACUACCCAGUGCCCCAAAGCAACGUCCAGAACGUGCUUGCUGCACCCCGCGUAGUUUACCCUUUACACUAGUGCGACGAUAUCACGGUAUCUGCGCGCGGGCGUAGCCUUCCGGGGGUUGGUUGUGCAGUCACGCGCAAUAGGUAGACUCCCAUAACAACAUAAAUCAUGGAGGGCAUCGACCUCUCCGCCCUUAGCGAGCAAGAACUACAGCAAAAAGUGGAGGAGAUCGUCCAGCAACGAGUACAAGCCGAACUUGAAGCAAACAGGAUCAACGAGGGUGAAGUCACCUACGCCCAACCACCAUCAGCCGGCAACCCAGUCCCACCUACCGGUAGCCAGCCAUCACCCUCCAGCCAGGAUUCUGGAGCAAGCAACAGCUUCACCAACAGCGACUUGCACAUGUACGACUUGCAGGAGAUCCCCUCGAAUAGGCAGUAUGUCAUUGUAGGAGAUGGUCGUCUGCUGAAGGUGAAAGCAAUCGGUAGCAUCAACCUCAGCGUUUUCCAGGAGGGUGAUAACGGUGUGCCAACGACGAUGGAGAGAUGUGACAAGUUUGGCGCCGACCUUGACAAGUCCGUGCCAGUGAAGAACCUGGGAGAGUUGAGAUGGUAUUCUGGGUGCUUUUACGAGAGGAACAAGGAGACCGGUAGGUUGACGAUUUCUCAGCAGACUUUCACGGAUGAGCUAGCAGCAGACUAUGGAGUAGUGGGAGGUAAGAGCGUUCCGAUGUCUUCGGGGGUGAAGCUUUCUGAUUUUGAUGCGGAUGAGGUGACGACAGACUUUCCGUUUCAUGAGCUGGUAGGAUCGUUAAUGUGGCUGGCGACUCAGACUAGGCCAGACAUUGCGAAUGCAGUAAGGACAGUAGCUAGGUAUUGCGCAUCUCCGAAGCUGGUACCCUGGAAUGCAGCGAUGGAUAUUUUAGGCUAUGCGAGGAGGACGAGUCAAUUUGGUAUUUCGUUUCAGAGAGGUACGGUGGAGGGAUUAAGCUUGCAGGGGUACGCUGAUGCGGACUUUGCAACCAAGGCAGCAGACCGUAGGUCGGUAUCAGGGGGGAUCGUGACGUGUGGAGGAGGCGCUGUGUCUUGGUUUUCCAGAACGCAGAAGUGUGUCACGCUUUCGACCACAGAAGCAGAGUACGUCGCCCUAGGUGACGUAGUGAAGGAGAUUUUGUUUUUGAGGCAGUUUUGGCGUUUCAUGUUGCCGCAGGUCGGCAUGCCGUGCAUCCCCAUCUUCGAGGACAACCAGGGGGCGAUUCAACUAGCGCAGAACCCUAUCUCAAACUCGAACUCGAAGCACGUAGAUGUAAGGCACCAUCUUGUCAGGGAACUGGUAGAGAGGAAGGAAAUUUCGGUUAUCCACGUGCCGCGCCGUUACCAGCGUGCAGACUUUCUUACGAAGAGUUUGCCGAAGGAUGCUUUCGAAUCUCACCGUGAAUUUGUGAUGAAUUUGGCAUGAACAUUUUGUUGUUCAGUGACGACCUAGGGCC